AUGGAUCCUACAGAGCCUCGUUGGCGGAUGAAUUCGAGCUUCUCUCCUCCAUCGCGGGGAUGGGACUGCAUGUACUCAUCAGACGGUUUGCCUCAUAGGACUCCUGAUGCUCCACACGAUCAUCCACCUUAUGUGUCAUCACUAUCAUCACAUAGUAAAGGAAGUAGAAGUGCAUUUGGCAGUGACCAGUACCUGAAUCACCACCACUCUGUAUCUGAUGGAGCACUUUCUUAUUUUGGUAGUCCUGUUGACAGCCUUCAGGCUCCACGCUGGACACCCUCUCUGCAAAGAUUUGAUCUUGGCGAGUUCUCUACACCUGGAGGAGGACCGAAACCUGAAAGUUCCGAUCUCCAAUCCAGCGAGAGACAUUUAACUGCUGUGAGCAGUUUCAGUUCUGCAUCCCCAUUCUCAGAAACAAGUCAGCUGGCAUCUUCUGGUAAACGACCAGCUUCACAUCUACCUCGCAAUCAUCUGGGAAGGCGAUCCUUUAUGUCAACACCAGUCUACCCGCUAGUCUUCCGCAAUCCAGUGUCAGAAGCAGAAGCCUCGGGGGUGGCUGAGGCUAGUAAUGCUGGGCGUACCACACCGAGUGAUGACAGCCUGGCUUCUCCUGUGUGGAGGCGCAGUUUGGCGAGUCCUGAGCUCAAGUUCCAUGACACACUGAGUGAACUUCGGAAGAUGGAGGCUUCUCCUGAGCCGAACACAAGCUCUAGGAGGGAAGGAUUCAGAUGGAGCAGUGCUAGCAGCUAUGAUUUUGGAUAUGAUGGUGAUGCCAUUGACAUUUCAGACCAUAUCAGCAUUGACUCCCAAAGGUCCCCAACAAGUUCAACGAGUUUCCUGAAAUGUGGCUUAUGCGAGAGAUUCCUCAGGCAGAAGUCGCCAUGGAGCUCAAACCGGAUAGUUCGAAAUACCAAUAUGCCAGUAGCAGCAGUCCUCCCAUGCCGACACGUCUUCCACGCAGACUGCCUGGAGGAAAGUACUCCGAAGAGUGAAGCCCAUGAACCACCUUGCCCGCUUUGCACGCGAGCUCCCGAUAGUGAAGGAUGUGUAUCAUUCUCGGAGCCUCUUCACGCCGCCCUCAGAUCCGCUCGCAGGAAUCAUGGCAUUCGCUUUUCUUCUGGUGAUGCGGGUGGUAGCAGCAGCAGCGCAAACCCUUCUCGCAACGACCAUGUGCUGAAGAGAAAUCAGUCUGCGCUCGCGCCAGCGCGCAGCGGCUCGCUGUUCCGGAACCGUUUCAAGAAGCAGUUCCCCUUCAAGGGGAGGCUCGGGAAGGACCUGUUUGGUGGCAGGGUUUUCAGGAAGGUCGGCUCGUCGUCGUCUUCGGGGGGCCAAAAGGAUGACAGUCGUCAGCCGCCAGCAGCUAAUAAGCCUGACCGAUCCAUGGAGUAA